AUGGACUUGGUAUCCCACCUUCCCGACCGGCUUCUAUUUGCCGUUCCCAAAAAGGGGAGAUUGUAUGAGAAGUGCUGUCAGUUGUUGAGCGGUGCCGACAUCCAAUUCAGACGGUCUAACCGUUUGGACAUCGCUCUUUGCACCAACUUGCCGAUCGCCCUCAUCUUUUUGCCCGCCGCCGACAUCCCCGUGUUCGUCGGCGAAGGUCAAUGUGACUUGGGGAUCACCGGGCUCGACCAGAUCAAGGAAGCCGACAUGUUCGACAACGUCAACGACCUUUUGGACUUGAAGUUCGGCGCGUGCAAGUUGCAGAUCCAAGUGCCUGAAAAGGGCGAGUUCACCGACCCCAAGCAGUUGGUGGGCAAGAAGAUCGUCUCUUCGUUCACUAAGCUCACUCGGGACUACUUUGAACAGCUCGAAGGCACGACCGACCUCGCUACCAAGAUCCGGUAUGUUGGUGGCUCUGUCGAAGCCUCGGUGGCUCUUGGGGUUGGUGACGCCAUUGUCGAUCUUGUUGAAUCCGGUGAAACCAUGCGUGCUGCCGGCCUCAAGCCCAUCGAAACCAUUUUGGCUACCUCGGCCCACUUAAUCUCGUCGAAGACUCCCAAGCACCCUGAAUUGGUGCAAAAGAUCCAACAACGGAUUGAAGGUGUGUUGGCGGCACAAAAGUUUGUGUUGUGCAACUACAACGCCCCUCGUGCCAUCCUUCCGGAAGUGCUCAAGUUGACUCCCGGUCGCAAGGCAGCUACGGUGACGGUGUUGGAGCUGAACGGCGCUGGCAACCAAGAAUGGGUGGCGGUCCUGGCGAUGGUGGAAUCCAAGCAGAUCGGCAACAUCAUGGAUGAGUUGAAACUUGCGGGGGCGUCGGACAUCUUGGUGUUCGACAUCAACAACUGUAGAGUGUAA